AUGGCCGUCUCCAUCGCUCCGAGUAUGCAGCGGGUCACCAAGCUAGCUCGAUCGAGCAUAGCAAUGGCGCCUCCAGUCAUGAGUGCCAGCCGGCAGACGCGUACCAUCAGCUCGAGCUCGUCGGCCAAGGCAGGCACAGAGGGUGCAGUAGGCGCUCCCCUCGCUUUCGAUCUCGCCAAAAAGGGAUCGAAUCAGCUCAGCCUCGAGACCCCUCGCAAUGGGGCAGAAUACGUGCUCAGUACGGCAGACAAGAUCGUCAAUUGGGCGCGACAAGGCAGCAUGUGGCCAAUGACGUUCGGACUAGCAUGCGGACUCACGCUGACCUACACCCUCGCAGUGAUGCACAUGGCAGCAGCGAGAUACGAUCAGGACAGACUCGGCGUCGUCUUCCGCGCGUCGCCCCGUCAAUCGGACAUCAUGAUCGUCGCCGGCACACUCACCAACAAGAUGGCGCCUGCCCUUCGCAAGGUCUACGAUCAGAUGCCAGAGCCGAGAUGGGUCAUCUCCAUGGGCUCAUGCGCCAACGGGGGCGGCUACUACCACUACUCCUACUCUGUCGUCAGAGGCUGCGACCGCAUCGUGCCUGUGGAUCUCUAUGUGCCUGGCUGUCCACCGACGGCAGAGGCGCUCCUCUAUGCUAUGUUGCAGCUUCAGCGGAGGAUGCGACGCGGCAGACGUGCAGUUGCUUGGUACAGGAAGUAG